AUGUCUCAAGAUGCAUCUGAAGCUGAUGAAAUCAGUGAUUUCUUCUUGUUAAGAUACGUGAACAAUAGUUCUAAUGAGUCAGAACAGUCAUUUAUUCUGCCAAUAGCUCGACCAGCCCUGUCAAAUACACCAAAUACUCAUGAAGUAGUCCAGAAUCUGUUACUAGCUCAAAAAAAAACCUAA